AUGAAAGCAAUAGUUUUAUGGCACAGAGAUCUCCUCACAGCUAUAUCCAGUUUAGCAGUUUAUGAAAAUAAAUUUUUUAGGUUCUGCUAGCGACUUUUUCAGGCAAGAGGUGGGAGAUGAAUUACGAAUUUGGUCGGGAAAGUGGUUUUAUCAACAGCCAGCCGACUCUUGCUGAGUGCCUGACGUCUCUCACUAACCCCGUCGGUGAUGCAUUUCAAAGUUCAUCAUCAAUCAAGAACUCGACACUGAUUCGUCCUCCCUUAGAGCGGACUGGCCCCGGACUGAGCGCGGCCAGACACCCGCGCCUGAGCCGCUGGAAGCGCAGUGCGAGAGGCUGCGGCGCGCUGCCUCCAGAGUACCCGUGGAUGAAGGAGAAGAAAAGCAUCAAGAAAAGCCAGCCUGCUGCACCAAGGAGUGACUCCUCACCGCUCUACGUCUCCCCCCAAGGCUCACCAGACAUUCCCGAAGAUGGAGCUCGCGCGUCCCGGAGGCUGAGGACCGCGUACACCAACACUCAGCUCCUGGAGCUGGAAAAGGAAUUUCAUUUUACUAAAUAUCUGUGCAGGCCGAGGAGAGCGGAAAUUGCCGCUUUGCUGGAUUUAACAGAGAAGCAGGUGAAAGUGUGGUUUCAGAACAGGAGGAUGAAGCACAAAAGGCAGACGCACUGUAAGGAAAACAGGAACACCGAGGACAAAUACGCGGAGGAGGACGACUUUGAGCAGGCGGCAGAGACUUUUCUGACUUCACAACAGUAUCACAGCGGGCGCAGUGAGGAGAAGCAAAGCGCUUUAACCAGCAAUGACAAACAUGUGAAACACCUCCCAAACCCGACGCCCACCGCCGCGUCCCUCCGCGGAGCCACAAUCAACCCGGACAAUGAGGAUCUCCCACCGGGUCCCGACUGCUCUUUGCACAAUUUCCACCUUUCUUCAUCUUCAUCUUCUUUCUCUCCAGAACCAACACAAAGUCCAGUGACUUUAUCAUCCCAAACCUUUGACUUUUUCUCAGAAACACUCACAGCAAUGGACCUGCAAAACCUGAGCUUCUGAAAUAUGUCAGACAUGUUUUAUUUUAACUGUAUAGCGUCAUAAAGUUCACAAAUGAGGUAAGUUAAAAAGCAAAAACAAAAAACAAAAACCGAAGCCUGCUUUAAUCUGAGGAUUGUGUAUUGAGAUGAUUUUAUUUUU